UUUAACCUAUUCGUCAACCGUCAAUUACGGAUUUCCAAAAACAUUUUCCGUCAAUUUAAGGUCGUGAUAGGACACAUUGGAGCAAUCGGAGCUCUACCCAACUAUGAAAAGGUCUUAGACCUUGCAAGGCAAGAGCUUCUCAAAGACGGAACACUCGGAGAGGAUUUCGAUAUCGAAAUCAUCUCACGAAAUGGUUGUGGAGAAGCUUUUGAAGGAGUAGCUGCAGCUGCCGAUCUGUACCAUAUCGAACACAUCAACACCUUCCUUGGACCGUACUGUAAUGCCGAAAUGAUUCCUGUAGCAACAAUGGCAAACUUUUGGAAUGUACCGAUUAUAGCUUAUAUGGCCUCAGCAAAUGUUCUAUCUAAUAAAAAGAUCUACAAAACCCUGAUACGCACAUCCUUGAGAACAAUGAAUACCAUAGCCGAAUCGACAGCUGCUUUCAUCAAACACUAUAAAUGGAAAAAGCCGGCAAAGGAGUUUUACUGUUAUUAUACUAGUUUUCAGGUCUCGCUAGUGUCGAAUGUAGGUGCAUCGGCUUUCGAAAAGCUCAGCGCUUUUGAACCAGUGCUUAAAAGAAACAACAUAGUUGUGACGAGAAAGAUUCUAUUCGACGAGUCGGUAACUGUUCAAGAUAUACUGAAUGGAGGACAACUGGACGAGAUACGCUCUAACUCAAGAAUUGUAUUGGUGAUGUUUUCUUCAACACGGGACCUAACGGCAGUGUUUCGUGAAGCAACCGCGAAAUAUGGCCUGAGCGAGACGGAGUUUGUCUUCAUCUUCCCAUGGCUUCAGGAAGGUGCCAAUGGAGCUUCACCAUUCGUCGGCAAAGACUCUUCCAGCUUGGACAGGGUGAAGCAGACCUAUUCCAAUUGUGUAUUGAUCGAUGAUACGAAUGGCUUCGACGACCGUAUGAUCACUCCAUUUAUGGAAAGACUCGGUUCAAUCGGUCUUAAAGAGUCAGACAUAUCACUCAACAACAUCUAUGGCUACAUUGCACUGUUUGAUUCGUUGAAAAUGUUUGCGACCGCUGGACGCCGUGUACUGAAUCGAACAGGACAGUUCUCAGCACUUUCUGAUGGUAAACUAAUGUGGAACACCAUGAGAAGGAUCAGCAUCCAAGGAAUGGUCUCAAAUGCCGGAGUUGGUAGUGGAACGGUUAUGUUGGACGAUCUGGCCGAGAGAAUUCCGUACUACUCGGCGUUUUUCGUCGACAAAGCUAGAGAAGAGGCUGACGUUGAUAAUCCUGUUCACGACGGUUAUGGUACUGCAAAGGUACGACCGUUCGCCAAUAUGGCCCCAUCACUGAUCAGCAAUUGCGAUGGUUUGGAAACCGGAACCGGUUGCUUCGAAAUAAAUGUCACCGAGGUUUCGUCAUCUUUUUGGCCAUCGAUUGAUGGUAAUCUGCCUACCGACGAGCCUGUCUGUGGAUUCAGAGGAGAGAAAUGCGACUACACAUUGAUUAUCGUGGCAGCUUCAGCUACUCUCUGCUUCCUGUUGACAAUUGCUGGAGCAUGGGCACUGAGACGAUACUGUGAGACAAAAGCACUGAGUCGCAUGUCUUGGAGGAUAUUCCGAGAUGAUAUGCAAAUCGUCGAUGAGGAGCAAGUAAAAUCGAUGCUUUCAUUGAAUUCACAGAGGACAAAGCUGUCGAACGCCAACAUGUCGCUUCUACAACAUCAUGCCAUCAUUGGAGUAAACACUCAUGCCACAUAUCACAUGUACGAGCAGAGACGACCAAUCAAAUUCAACCGUGCCGACCUUACGCUACUGACAAAGAUGAAGCAGGCCGUCCACGAUAAUUUGAAUCCUUUCCUUGGCAUCGCCUUCAAUGAAAAGUCGGAAUUGUUGAUCUUGUGGAAGUUUUGCUCCCGAGGAACAUUACAGGAUGUAAUCUACAAUGAGCAAUUUGUCUUGGACGAUAAAUUCCAUGGAGCUUUUGUGAAAGAUAUUACUCUGGGCUUGGAAUACCUACACUUAUCAACUAUUGGCUUUCAUGGAGCCCUGACAACAUGGUCAACACUCAUCGACCGUAACUGGCAAGUGAAGCUGACUGAUUACGGAGUAAGUGAUGCUGUAUGCAGAUGGAAGAAACAUGGCAGUAUUAACGAUGAAAUAAUGAAGGAUGGUGAAGAAAAAACGGAAGGAGGCCAGAAAACAGCUAUUCUCUAUGUGGCACCAGAAAUACGGCUUUCAGACGAACAGAAUAAGUCUCGUCGGGUAGAUCAGACAUGGGUAUCACAGUCGUUAGAGAAAAGACGGUCUGCUGAUAUUUACGCUUUUGGAAUGGUGAUGUAUGAGAUCCUCUUCAGAAAUUAUCCAUACAGUGACAAAACCGAUAUUAGUGAGCUGGUAACUAAAGCAAGUGCUGGUGAGAAGAUUUCUCGACCGUCAGUUCAAAAAGACAAGCAACUCCAUCCCGAUCUACAAGCCCUUCUUCAGGAUUGUUGGCAUGACACCCCUGAUGCCCGACCAUCGAUUCGACGUGUUCGAUUAUCCGCCGAUGCCAUCUUGAAGACAAAAGGAAGUCUGGUGGAUUCUAUGACACGAAUGAUGGAGGAAUACGCCAACAAUCUGGAGAAACUUGUAAACGAAAGGACGGGAAUGCUCGAAGAGGCGACUAUUCGAGCUGACAAACUGCUUUCACAGCUCUUACCCAAGUACGUAGCAAACGAACUCAAAAAUGGACGCCCGGUACCCCCGAAAAUGUACAGCUCAGCAACUGUUAUGUUUACUGAUGUGGUCGGAUUCACUAGGCUAUGCGGCUCAUCAACUCCGAUUGAGGUGGUAACCUUGCUGAACAGUGUCUAUUCUGGAUUCGACGAGAUCAUCAACAAGCACGACGGCUAUAAGGUUGAGACUAUCGGAGAUGCCUAUAUGGUCGUUUCCGGGAUUCCCGAAGAAAACGGAAAACGUCACAUCAACAACAUCGCAGAAAUCGCACUUGAUAUCAUGACGUUCCUCGAGACCUACCGUAUACCACACCGUAAAUCUGAACAAUUAGUAAUUCGCGUUGGAUUCCAUAGCGGUCAAGUAGCAGCUGCUGUCGUCGGAUUGAAUUCCCCACGAUACUGUCUCUUCGGUGACACGGUUAACAUGGCCUCUAGAAUGGAAUCAAGUGGCGAGCCAGGAAGAAUACAGCUAUCAGCACAGUCCAAAAAACUUCUCGACAAUGACUAUCCGGAAUUUGUCACAUCGAAACGCGGUGAAAUCGAUGUCAAAGGAAAAGGAGAGUGCUGUACGUAUUGGCUUCUUCGCAAGGAUAACUCCUACUUCAGCAAUGCUACUUGA